AUGUCUGCCAGCCACAUCGCCGGCAACCGGAACAGCACCCCGGAGGCGAGGAGCGAGGCCAGAAGCUCCCUCCAGCCGCCCUCUUCCCGUACCCUGAUCGGGGCUGGACACCACCUCCGCGCGUCUGCUGACAUGGGCGGCUUCUCAUCGCCGCUGGCCAACCGUGGCAUUCGACCCUCGUCCGAGGUGUACUUCAACCAUGCCAACACCAACUCUGGCAACCCCGACGAUAUGGAGCGGGCUGCCCAGCAGUGGAUUGCGGAUAUUGAUCAGUACGAGGCUACCUUGGAGGAGAUGGCCGCUGCUACACUUGACCAGGAUUUCAAGGACGAGCUGAGCGCAAUUGAGCAGUGGUUCCGUGUUCUUAGCGAGGCUGAGAGGACCGCCGCUCUUUACGCUCUCCUCCAGCAGACCACCCAGGUUCAAAUUAGAUUUUUCAUCCAGGUCUUGCAGCAGAUGGCUAAGAGCCACCCUAUGUCUGGAGUCCUCUCCCCAGCCAACUUUGGCGAAAAGGACCCCAUGUCCCAGAAACUCAGCGAUGCGAUGAGCAAACUAAGUGUCGAAGGCUCUAGAAACUCCCUCGGACCCGGUCUCGGUCGUCCACCUCCAUCCCCAGGCGCGAAGCGCAACUCUGGUCUCGAUACGGCCACGAUCAAUAAUAUGUUCCCGGAUGCCGCUGCUGCUAUUGCCAAGCAGAAGGCCGAGUUCACUCAGUCCACUGGAAUCCCGCCAGUCUCCAAUCGCAACAGCGCUAUUGGCGAUCGUACUUCGCUGGUCGCCCCGACUAUCUCUGCGCCUGAGGAUUUGAGGAAAGACAAUCUACCGCAGCCACCGUCUUCUCCGUGGGGCCCGCGAAGCUCCGAUCAGCGCCCGAAAUCGUCGUCUGGACAUCAACCGCCCAUGGGCCAAUUCACCCAGCCACCUCCUUCCGCUGGACUGCGUUCCCCACGUCUCCCGCUUUCUGGUGAUGGCAACGUUCAGAACACCACACUGAAUGCGCCUCAAGGUGAUCCGAACAGCAUGCCUAUGCUUUCUCCUUAUGCGCAGGGCGGAAGCUGGGCUUCCCAACUAAGCACUCCUAUGGUGUCCAACUUUUCCAACCAACAGAGUGCUAGCCAGGCAGACAUGGUUGCGAAUGCUACCGCUAUGAAGCUUGCUGCGCUCUCUACCGUCAACAACCGGAUCCAGCUGGAUGACGUCCGUAAGUAUCGUCGCGCUAGGUCUUCCGAGGGUCAAGGAGUUGGAAACGGCCCUCUAUCCCCUGGGAUGAAUUCUUCUGGCCUUCCUAACAACUUCAUCAUGACCAAUGAAAUGGGCCAUGUCCUUUCUCCCCAACAAGCCGCUGCUCUUCAAGCUCAACAGCUUGCUGCUCUUAAUGGACGUCGCUCUCGUCCUAAUUCUCCUGGUCUCGCCAUGCAAGGCGGUCUUGGCGGCGGCAUGAACUUCGCCUCACCGCAGAACAACGGCUUCCUCUCCGCAUACGACGGCAGCUCACCUCUUGUCGGCAACGGUCUCAACACGAUCAACCUCGGCCAAUUCGGUAUCGGAAUGGGCGGCAGCCAUCACGAUCACGGCGGCUACAUUUCGGACCACAGUGAAAUCAACCGAGGCCGUUCGCCACGCGGUCGUCGCGGCAGCUCGAAGCCCCCAGAAGACCCUACGGACCCAUCGCUGCUUCAGGACAUUCCUAACUGGCUUAGGAGUCUGAGACUCCACAAGUACACGGAUAAUCUCAAGGAUCUGAAGUGGACUGAAUUGGUCGAGUUGGAUGAUGAGGGAUUGGAGAAGAGGGGCGUUAAUGCGUUGGGAGCUAGGAGAAAGAUGCUGAAGGUCUUUGAGCAGGUCAAAGAGGCCAAGGACUCCGGAAAGUUGUAG